CUUGAAUACUUCUGCUCAAGCCAGAGUUUCCACAUCGUAGCCUACAGCACUUAUCUAAUGUUACCCCCCGACGUCGCAAUUGGAUAGUGGCAUCCAUGCAAUUGCCGUAUAACUAUGCUCCCUUGCCUCUUACGCACUAACCUAGAGGGUCUAUUGCUGACACAAGCAUGUUGGCUGCGUCCUUGACGACUCGGGUGAGGGGAAGCUGCUGGGAUGCUGCGUUUCAAUAUGAAGUUCAGUCAAUACCCCGCUGAAAGAGCCGCCUCCUAAUCACCAUCGAAGAUUUAGAACACGUCUUGAGAGGAAGUUGUGAUUUCAAAGCCGCAUGGUCUUCAUAUUGUUCAAGCCUUGGGCCAAAAACUUUGAUCUCCAACUAGGAUCACCACAAAUCGGUCCCCAGGUUGGCUACGUGCCUAUCUACCUACGGUACUCAGACUUUCUUAUCUUAGAACUCGUUCACCAUGCUUAGAACAACUGAGCGUCUUAUCCCUAACGUCGUCAAACGGAAGGCGGCAGAAGGCCAGCGAUUUGCGACAAUCGUGAAUGCAGAUGGCAAACAACAACAUUUGUCAUAUCAUGAUCUUGACAAUGCAUCGAGUAGAGCCGCCUGGUUCAUUGAGCAGAAUCUCAAGGGCCAGGAUAAGUUCUUCUAUAUGGGCUCCAAUGAUAUCAGAUAUGUCGUCUGGGUCCUAGCGGCUAUGAAGACUCGCAAAUGUGUUGUUUUUCCCUCUCCGGGAAAUUCUGUCUCCGCUAACGCUGCCCUCUUUGAAAAAGUUGGCGCAACGACGCUUUUCCAUGCCCCUGAAGUGGGUGAAAUGCUGUCGCCACUUCUUGCUGCAACAAAAGCCACGAUUACGCCCGUCGUGACCUUGGGCUACCAAGAGCUAUUGAGCGGGGAGCCCGUAGAACCAUAUUCGUUUGAGGGAACAUUUGACGAAGUCCGCGAUAUCCGAUUCUUGGGUCUGCAUACUUCUGGAACAUCGGGUCAUCCAAAACCCAUUUACUACACUCAUUUAGGCGCCACGGGAAUGGUAGCUUUUCUUGACCCAGAAGUCGCUGAUCAAAGUGCAAGUGGCCAGACGUCUCUAAGAAAGCUUUUGUUCGGCCAGACUAUAGGCCACUUUUUCCCGUUAUUUCAUUUCGGUGGCAUUGCUCCAAUGCUUUCUAACAUCCAAUGCGAUGGGAGUACGGCAGUCCUGUUAUACCCAGGCACGCGGCCUGCCCCCGGGAACGUCACAACGCUACUUCGAGUGGGCAACUGUACAGCAGCUUUCUUGCCCCCGGCGAUUCUAGAGCCCAUGGUCGAUCACCCUCCUGCUUUGGAAGCAUUGAGCCAACUCGAUAUCGUAGCGUAUUCCGGUGGAGCUGUCAAUCCAAUCCGCGGUCAAGAGCUAGCAAAACAUAUCAAAGAGUUUUACCCCAUCCUAGCAAGUACUGAGACUUCGCCUAUCCAUUCUCGCUCUCCAGGCGACAGCUCACGUUGGAAUGCCUUUAAUUUUAUUGAUGCCGGUCAAAGGCUAGAAGAAGUUGCGCCAGGCUUCUAUGAAUUGGUAAUACCACGGACCAGUCUGACAGAAAAGUCAAGUGCAAUAUUCCACACCUUUCCACAUCUUCAAACAGAGUACCGGACUUCAGACCUCUUCUCUCCUAUUGACGAUAAGAAAGAGUGGUGGGUUUACCGUGGCCGGGCAGACAAUUGGAUGACUCUCUCAACUGGCUUGAAGAUGGAUCCGACUGAUGCGGAAAAUAUCAUCAGCUCACACCCGGAUGUCCAGGGUGCCAUUAUUGCAGGCGCUUUCCGUUUUCAGCCAUGUUUGCUGAUCGAGCUGAGACAGCCCCCUUCUGACGAAGCAGCGCAAGCCAAAGCGCUCGACACAUUAUGGUCAACUAUCGCCAAGGCCAACGAAAAGGCACCUAAAGCCGGACGUAUUCCACGAGAGCUAGUCUUGUUCGCAAAUGAGUCGAAGCCAUUCUUGCGAGCUAGUAAAGGCACAAUACAGCGAGUCUUAACAAUCAGGGAAUAUGCUGAUGAGAUUGACCGACUAUAUGCUUCGACAGAAGAGAGUCUGCUCACUAGCGGCCUACCAUCCCUUGAAUCGAUCGAGCCUGAAAGCAUAAUCACUCUAUUAAGAGCUAUAUUCUCCCAAACAUUGUAUGAUGCCGACACCUUUCUCGAUGCCGACGAUGAUUUAUUCUUACGCGGCCUUGAUUCACUUGGAAUCUCCAUCGUCUUAGCCCGGCUGAAGGCUGCCCUGCGAGUAAACGGUGUCCAUGAUUCAAAGAUCCAGUUGAUCAAGAAUCAGAUUAUAUACAAAGGGCCAACACUCAGACAAAUGGCAGGUGUCAUUUCGUCUAUUCUAUCCAGUACCGGUUCCCCCGAUGGGUCUGACACAUCUAGUGAUCAAAUAUUGCUGGACCAGCUCCUGGGAACCUACGAGCAAAAGUUGCAGACAAUUAUAAGUAGCAACUCAAAGAAUUCCACCGGGACUACCCCUGAUGGUCAGACUGUUGUUUUAACAGGGUCCACAGGAUCCGUUGGAUCAUACAUUCUCGCGUCACUACUCGCCAGGAAAGACGUAAAAAAGAUUUUCUGCCUCAAUCGCGGUAUAGACGCGCCAACAAAGCAAGUAGCAUCGUUUCGGGCUCGCGGUCUCGCUGGCCUAGAGUCGGACGAUGGCCGUGUGGUCUAUCUACGAGUCACGAUGCAUGAGCCGAAGCUCGGACUCUCCGACGAGGACUAUACAACUCUCAUACGCGAAGCGACAACAAUUGUGCACAACGCCUUUACUGUCAACUUUCUAAUACGCCUCUUUGCUUUUGAGCCACAGUUCCAAGCCCUACUGAACUUGCUCCAACUCGCCACUAAUGGUGAUAAUAACCCAUCCGUCCUGUUCGUGUCCAGUAUCAGCGCUGGAUUACCUGUCACAGUACAGAAUUACGUAGUUCCACAAGCAGUACUUAGCAGAGACGACGCUAGAAAUAUCCUCAACCAAGGUUAUGCGCAAGCCAAGUACGUGUGCGAAAAGCUACUUGAGAUAUACGCUUCGAGAUUGAACAAUAAACAAGUCGCUGUCCUUCGUGUAGGCCAAGUAUGUGGACCGGUUGAUGGCAUUGGAACAUGGAACCCAACAGAAUGGACGCCUUCCCUGGUCAUUAGCUCCAAGUUCCUCGGGGCUUCGCCAAAAUCUCUUGGCAACCUUGAGGUCAACUGGGUUCCUAUCGACAAACUAGGGAAGAUCGUCACUGAACUCAUUUCAGCAACUUCAAGCCAGGAAUGCCAUGCCUUCACUGUCUACAACAUCCUCAAUCCGAAGGUGACCCCCUGGGAAGACCUGCUCCCAGCCUUGGAAAAAGUCGCGCCGGUCGUGGUCGAGGCCAGCGAAUGGGUUAACCGCUUGGAAAAGAGCGACAAAGGGCACCAUCUGAUCAACCAGAAUCCGGGUAUCAAACUGAUCGAUUUCUACAAGGAAACUAUGUUGGGCCGCCCAACGGAUAUUUCCAUCGAAAUGGAUAAACUUCUCGCAAUGAGCGAGACUAUGAGAAGCCUGCCUCGUGUUGAAAUCGAGCAUCUACAGCGUUGGAUGCAAGGCUGGGGUCUUUGAGAGAAUCUCGAUAUUUUACUGACGAAUUUUGCUGCCCUCGACCUCGCUUCUCUAGCCUGGGAGCUCUGUACUGAAACGGGAAGAUGAAGACCCGUUCGUAGCGAUACAUCGCUUUUUUUUCAUACCCAUCGCUUAUCUUAUGUUGCGUCGGAGAUACCUGAAAUAGUUCAUCUGUAGAUGUCAUGGCAUUGCUUGCAUUUAAAAGAGCGGAAGAGCACGGCAGACGUAUUGCGAGCAAGGGGUAGUUGGAGAAGAGAAAGAUAAGGUUAGGACAGUUCCCUAUUUCAGUCAUUAAAAUGCUGGCUGACAUGCUAGUGUACGAACCGUCGCUUAACUUAAGUGAGGAAAUCAAACCUCCCUGUUGAAUCCUUCUCGGAUUGAAGCCACCGAGAUGGGUUGGUCCCAUAACCGAAUUCCAGUGUGUAUACUUAUUCACCUAGUGAUUAGCCCUUUCGGCAUUGCACAUAUCUGGCCAAUGCCGUUGCGGUUUAUAUUGGACGCGCAGUUGCUCGCAUGUGAUUAGCCUCAGGGUGAAAAGUUCUAUACAGCAAAGCCAUGCCAUAUAGUUCCAUUGAAUCUGCAUUUCGGU